AUGCAAGCACCACCCCGUGCACCAGCUCCGCAAUGGUCCACGCCGCCUCCCGUCAUCGUCUUCCUACGCAAUGUUCACCUCCUGCAACUUGACCAACAGCCAGACUGGCCAGGCUUGUCUAGCUCGCUAUUUUCCGGGGGACAGAAAGCUCAAUUGCAGCGGGUCAAAGGCGUAGAGUGGGCCUUGUAUCACCUCUUCUUAUUAUGGGAUCCGGCCGAAACGAAGAAUAAACUGCGUCCCUUUUUCCCUCCAUUGGAACCCUUGCAAUCGGUCAAUUUACGCGCAGCUUUGUUUCGAGCUCUAUCCGACCUGAAGAAGAAUGGAGACCUGGGGAGAGAGGCAAUUGUGCGGAAGACCAUGCUGGAUGACUGCAGAGGAGCCAAAUUCGAGGAAGUUUUGGCGGUCUUUUCAACCGCGGUGCUGCGGAAACUUGUGUCUCAAGAUUCGGUAGAACCUGGUUUGAAACUAGCCUUUGCCAAAGGGAUAUCUCAACGUGAACUUGAUCGGCUCGUUCCGUUGGCGUUGGCGCACCAUUCAACCCUACAAAGCACGAAGCGAAAUAGAUCCGGGAUUCGAGAGAACCAUGGCCUGUUUUCGAAGCUACUUGAUGCAAAGUCGGACAAGCUCGCGAGUCGUUCAAAGAAGAAACUGCAACUGCCGGAUGAAGUACCCCAUGCGGAGCAAUUGGAGCAAGAAGUCAAAGCCAAUUGGUUUGGCAGCCAGGGCUGGGCGGAUACGUUGUUGAAUGGGGGGUCCACUAUUGAGACGGACGCUUUCUUGGAAUUGCCAUUUGAGAAAGCAUGGUCACGAGCCAAAAGGGGCAACAUCAAUGACUUGGCCAAGCCAUCGCACCCCGAUUUGUUGCAAGAUUUGGAUGCUCGUCUCGCCAAUGCGCGACACCGCCUGCAACUUAUGAAGGAAUUCAAAACAACGAUGCGCAGAAUUGAGACGGAGAGCGGGAUGCGAGAGUCAACGCAAGCUCAUAAGCAAGACCAAGGAAUUGUUUUCAAAGAACAUCUGACCAUAACCGUGGCGAACAUGUCAAAAGUUGCUCAGGAACCAAUCGAUACGCCAUUCUUCGUGGAUGAACACCAAGCCAUUAUAUCUUCGAUGCAAGAAGGUCUAGCAAAAAUAAAUGGCGGCAGGGCAAAGAAAACCAAGCGGAACACUCGUCCUCGCUCGCCGGAGAGACCACUUGGGAAAAAGUCUUUUGGUAAUUUCCAGACGCUGUCACCUAUUCCAGAUAGCGAGAGAUAUAGCCGGUCCCCGUCUCCCAGCAUUCAAGUGACGGCUCCAGGAAAUGUGCCGCGUCCAGUUACUCCUGAUGCUUAUGAACACGAAGAAGACAAGCUCGCACGGCCAUCACCUGAUUCCGAUGAUAUUCCUGCAGAGAAUUCUUUCGAAAAUGCAGCUACCGCGGCCGAAAGCCCAAACUCGGAGGUGGAACCGGAUCUACCAGCCCUUCCAAGUGACAAAUUUGACCAUCGACAGUCUUCACUUCUCGAGAGAACAAGACAAUCCAUGUCCCUACUACCUCCGCAAACCACAACUCGAUCACGGCAAUCUCUAUCUUCACGGCGGCAGACACGCCAGUCACAGGUUUUCCCUAUCAACCAAUUCGAGACACCGCCAAAGGAACAACGAUACACCCCGUCGCAGUCCGGCGCAUCUACACCGCGAGACGAAAUUUUCCCAGACGAGGCGGACUAUGCAAGCGUUUUCAAAAGCCGGCCUCGUGUUGUGCAGAGUCCGUUAAUGUCUCCUGCUGUUCAUGUUGGCUUGGAUGGUAGGCAAGGGGUGUAUGAUGAGGACGAGGGAAGCGCCUUAGAUCUAGUAGGCGACGGUUCGCCGUUGGCGAUGAGGAUGAGAUGA